AUGGACGAUCAUUAUGAAGAUUCUUGUGCUGCUGCUGCGACUAUGGGGAUAUUCAACUACGUUACGAAUUUAAAAUUGGUUUUCAAUCCAUUUAAUAAUACCUCAAAAUUGUGUAGAAAUGUAUUAGCAUUGGUUCCACCUAGCGCAUCAACUCAAGUAAACGUCAAUAUAACAAAGAAGAAUGUAAACUCUCAACUUUAUUUAGAGUACAAGAAUGGCCAGAAACUCAACCUUGAAGUUACAGAUGGGAUGGACUAUCAUUCUUUGAUGAGGCAGAUCAGCAAAACUCCAAAUGAAUUGAAAUUAAAGGAAUCUAUUUAAUGCAUUGUUACAACACAUUUUCACCUAUCAAUCGUCAGUUAGUUCUUUGUCUAUAAUCUUGUUCUCACUUUCAUAUUCCUUGUCUUCGAUUCACAUCCUUGAAGAGAGUUUACGACGCUCUCAAUCACACCCGAACAGCUCUCAUAUAUGUCUCUAUUAGCGAAUGCUCUACCAAGUGCAGUAGCGGCGUUCCAUUGUAUCUUGUAAUUGAGUUGAGGUUGCAACUCAUCUUUUAGGAUGUUGAUCAUCCGCUUUGCUUGAUCUAUACUUUC